AUGAUAAUUUUUUGAUGGAAGAGUAAUAUUUUAUUUACUCCCCCCAAUUAAUAGCGGACGAAAUCAAUGGGUUUUUUUCCCUAAAAAUGGACCCUUAGGUACCAUUUAAUAACGGAAAAUUUUUUACUAUAAAAAAUUUUAAAUUUAUAUAAGAUAAUCGUUCAUUAUAAAUUUACUAAUAUACAUAAAAUGGCGGAUGACUUCUGACCCGUCCUCUUGAGACGGUUACCUUUGUAUAUCCGAGCAUGGUUUUUGGAGCCAGGAAUUGGCCCAGCUAUGUCUUGGGAUCUCAAGGCGAGAGGUCUAAGCGCAAAGAUCGCUGUUUUUGUGACCAAGAAUUGUGCAAUAACUAGCUUAUCACCAGUUGUUAGUCUUUUCUCUUUCUGGUUUCUCCAUUCAACUCCAUUUUAUUAGAUUUAGUGCUACUCUUUUGACUUAAAAAUGCAUUUUUUUUCAGACCUUUUAUAAAAAAUUUUAAAUAGAAAAAUAUAUAUAAAAUAUCAAACUUUUUAAGUUAUGACCCAUUUAAUAGCGGACGAUUUUUUCGUCCGCUAUUAAUUGGGGGGGGAGGAGUUAGAAAAAGUUUUUUACCAACAGGGAAUAUGAUUUCUUCAAUAAAAAACAUUCAAAUCCAAGAGAUAGGUGGGACCCCGUUUUUCGUAAUUCCGAUGUUUACUCAGCCUCCUUCAAUGUCACAGGCUCCUCCUCGAGAAUUUGGCAAAGAUUACAGAGAAGAAUACAAAAAGCUUUUGGGAGAAAAUGAAAUUCAAACAGCUGAGCUCCAAACUUUGUUAGCUGAUAUUGAUAGACUGCAAAAAGAAAUCCAAGGCUUAGAACGCCAACAGCCAGCUAUAAAGCACGUAAGGUCACCAGUGAAAGCUCAGAGGACUAGAAGGCUUGCAAAACAGAUUGAUAGGCACUAUCGCUGCUACCUGUGCCCGAAAUCUUAUGGGUAAGAGCUAUUCAGUUCUGAAGGAUCUUUAAAUCAGCACAUGAAGAUCAAGCAUUUCGAGUUUUAUCAGCAAAGAGAAAUGUCUAAAGAUAUGGGGAUAUAA